AUGUAUCCUUUAUCUUUCUUUUUUACUUUAUUCUUAAAGCUAUUGGAAGCUAAUAUCAGUCCUUUUGUUUUGUUUUUAUAUCAGGACAAGCCCGAGCCACCUCCAGAGGGUCGCUUGCCUGAUGCCACCAAGGGUUCUGACCAUUUGAGGGAUGUGUUUGGAAAAGCUAUGGGGCUUAGUGAUCAGGACAUUGUUGCUCUAUCUGGUGGUCACACCAUUGGAGCUGCACACAAGGAGCGUUCUGGAUUUGAGGGACCAUGGACUUCUAAUCCUCUCAUUUUUGACAACUCAUACUUCACGCAAGUCUUUUGAAACUCUUUCUUUCAACUUCGUCCCCUUUUAUCCAGUUUUAAAUUAUCUCUAUUGACAAUA